GAUUGCCAGAACCACAAUUCAGUUCCGAAGACUACAUGAUGCUCUACACGACAAUAUAUAACAUGUGUACUCAGAAGCCACCUCAUGAUUAUUCCCAGCAGCUUUACGACAAGUAUCGGGAGUCUUUUCAAGAGUAUAUAACGUUGACGGUGAGCUAUGCGGCACGGAUACGGAUACGCGUAUCAGUAUCCGAAGGAUACGGAUACGCGGAUACGGCUCUUUCCCAAACAACCCGAUACGCGGAUACGUUUUAACUAUUUUUUUAAUAAAUAAUAAUAGUGCAUAAUAAAUUACAAAAUAGAUAUUCUAAUGUUAUUAUACAAAUAAAAAUAAUAAAAUUACAAAAUAUUAAAAGCUAAAGUCAAUUUCUUUUAUGGUCGAUUACACCACAUCGAUUUUUUGGUUAUACUUAUCCAUAUUACCAAUAAUAUUGAUCAAAAUAUUUAUUUCUAGUUACAAAAUUAGACAAAGUUAAUGGAGUAAUAAAUUGGCCCAAAAAAUGAGCCCCAAAUAUACUCCUUUUCCAUCGUGACUACUUCUUGCCCAAUUCAUUCUCCCAUUUCCAAUUUUCUUCAAUCCCUAGUUGAGGCAAUAGCGGCGCCUCCCCUUUCUUCUUCUUCUUCUUCUUCUUCAUAUCCGAUUAACUGUCGAUUUUGUUCCCAAAUCGGAUUGAAGUUCGUAAAUUGAAAGUUGCGAAGUUCUUCGACAGAGAUGGACGUUGAUUUCGAAGAGGAGAACCUCAGAUCUUUGCAGAUAGAGGAGGAUGAAGGCCCAAUACGGCCCAGCUCGCGGAUACGCCGAAGGAUACGUAUCGAAUCUGAGGUUUCCCGGCCCAAUACGGCCCAGCUCGCGGAUACGCCCAGGAUACGUAUCGACGGUGUAUCCGUCGCGUAUCGGUAUCGGAUACGUAUCCGAUACGCGAUACGGCAACAGGGUGGCGUAUCGGUGUUAUAUAGACGGUUCUUCCUUCUUUGAGGGAGAAGCAUGACGAGUUCAUGUUAAGGGAGCUGGUAAAAAGGUGGUUGAAUCAUAAAAUCAUGGUUCGAUGGCUUUCAAGAUUCUUUUACUAUCUUGACCGCUACUUCAUAGCUAGAAGAUCACUUCCGCCACUGCAUGACGUUGGUUUGACGUGCUUCCGAGACCAGGUGUACCAGGAACUGCAUGUUAAAGCAAGGGAUGCUGUCAUAUCUCUGGUCGAUCAAGAGCGGGAGGGAGAGCAAAUAGAUCGAGCUUUGUUAAAGAAUGUGCUGGAUAUUUUUGUUGAAAUUGGAAUGGGGCAGAUGGAUUAUUAUGAUAAUGACUUUGAAGCAGCUCUGCUGACGGACACAGCUGCCUUUUAUUCCCGAAAGGCUUCUAAUUGGAUCUUAGAUGACUCGUGCCCCGACUAUAUGUUAAAGGCUGAGGAAUGUUUGAAAAGAGAAAAAGACAGAGUUGCUCACUAUCUUCAUUCGAGUAGUGAAGUAAAGUUGCUUGAGAAAGUACAACAUGAGCUAUUAUCAGUAUAUGCCACCCAACUCCUUGAAAAGGAGCACUCAGGCUGUCACGCAUUACUUAGGGAUGACAAGGUAGAGGAUUUGUCAAGGAUGUAUAGACUAUUCUCUAAAAUACCUCGUGGCCUUGAACCCGUGGCUAAUAUUUUUAAGCAGCAUGUUACUGCUGAAGGUAGUGCGUUGGUUAAACACACCGAAGAUGCUGCAAGUAACAAGAAGGCAGAAAAGAGAGAUGUUGUUGGGUUGCAGGAACAGGUCUUCGUCAGAAAAGUAAUUGAGCUCCAUGACAAAUUCAUGGCUUAUGUGAAUGAUUGUUUCCUAAAUCACACGCUCUUUCACAAGGCUCUCAAAGAGGCAUUUGAAGUCUUUUGCAACAAAGGUGUUGCUGGUAGCUCUAGUGCAGAACUUCUAGCCACCUUUUGUGAUAACAUUCUAAAAAAGGGAGGGAGUGAAAAAUUGAGUGAUGAAGCAAUUGAAGAUACACUGGAAAAGGUUGUAAAAUUGCUUGCCUAUAUCAGUGAUAAGGAUUUAUUUGCCGAGUUUUAUAGGAAAAAGCUUGCUCGCCGCUUGCUAUUUGACAAAAGUGCCAAUGAUGAACAUGAGAGAAGUAUCCUGACUAAGUUGAAGCAGCAAUGUGGUGGUCAAUUUACAUCAAAAAUGGAGGGGAUGGUCACAGACUUGACACUAGCCAGGGAAAACCAAGCCAGCUUUGAGGAAUAUCUUAGUAAUAAUCCGAAUGCAAAUCCAGGGAUUGACUUAACGGUGACUGUCCUGACAACGGGUUUCUGGCCAAGUUACAAAUCUUUUGAUCUUAACCUUCCAGCUGAGAUGGUCAAGUGUGUUGAAUUAUUCAGAGAGUUCUACCAAACAAAAACUAAACACCGAAAACUUACGUGGAUAUAUUCAUUGGGAACUUGCAACAUCAACGGUAAAUUUGAACCAAAGACAAUAGAGCUUAUUGUGACAACCUAUCAGGCUGCUGCACUCUUGCUGUUUAAUUCCGCGGAUAGAUUAAGCUAUCAGGAAAUCAUGACUCAGUUGAACCUGUCUGACGAUGAUGUUGUUAGGUUGCUUCAUUCACUUUCAUGUGCCAAGUACAAGAUUCUGAACAAGGAGCCAAGCACCAAAACAGUCUCUCCAACCGACGUUUUCGAGUUCAAUUCAAAGUUCACUGACAAAAUGAGAAGGAUUAAGAUACCUCUUCCUCCUGUGGACGAGAAGAAGAAGGUCAUAGAGGAUGUUGAUAAGGACAGAAGGUAUGCCAUUGAUGCUUCAAUUGUCCGUAUCAUGAAGAGCAGGAAAGUCUUGGGUUACCAGCAAUUGGUCAUGGAAUGCGUUGAGCAACUGGGUCGAAUGUUCAAGCCUGAUGUUAAAGCAAUCAAGAAGAGGAUUGAAGAUUUGAUCACUCGAGAUUAUCUUGAACGCGACAAGGAUAACCCUAACUUGUUCAAAUACUUGGCAUAAAUGCAACAACUCUUUUGGCUGAUUCAAGACACUGCGAAAAGGUUUUGGACCUGGGCGUGGAGGACUCGAAACCACUGUAAGUGCUACUAGGGCCUUGAGUUACUCAUAUGAGAAUUCUUGUACAUUCUAACUUCAAAUCUGGUUAAGAACCAUUUACAUAAAUCCAUCUGCAUUGAGGCGAAGAUGUAGUUUACAUUUCCAAGCAGCGAGACAAAAUCGAGCUUCCUUUCAUUUCCCUUGGCGCCCAAACUCUUGCAUUUUGACUCUUAAAAUUAUCAGUCUUUUAUUUUGUGAUUGGCGUUUCCUUAACUUUUGUAACUUUAAAUUGAUUAUCGAAGACAAAGACUUGCUAUUCUCGUCA